ACCACAGAGGAAGAUCACACCAUCCCUCACCAUCAGGGUGAAGAAUUGAAAGACCUAAAAGUUGAGGUUAAAGAGGAAGGGACAUUGAUAAAGGGUGAUCAGCCAUCUAUGGAGGAAGGAGGUAUUUUGUAUUCCCGGGAUUCUACACAGGAAGGUCACACCAUCCCUCACUAUCAUCAGGGUGAAGACAUGAAAGUCGAGGAGAAAGAGGAAGAAGAAAAGAUGUUUGUGGGGGGAGAUCAGCAGUCUGGUGAGAAGUGUAGAAAUCUGUAUUCCCGGGAUUCCACACAGGAAGAUCUCAGCAUCCCUCACCAUCAUCAGGAUGAAAAACUGAAAAACAUCAAAGCCGAGAUUAAAGUGCAAGAAGAAGAGAGGUUGGUGAGUGGAGAUCAGCAGUCUAUGGUGGAGGGGAAGAUGAUUAUGGAAAGUAAACAUGAGAAAUCUUCUCUACAUAUAGACACAAAUGGACACUGGAUCUCGCAUACCUCGGAGGAACAUCUUCUUUUAUCCCAAGAUCUGAAAGCAGAGGAUAAUGAUAUCACACAAUGUUCACCAGGAGUAAAUCCCAUUACUCAAAGAAUAGAUCGCAGACCUUGCAAUUUAAAUGGAUCAAUAAACUCUUCUAUUACUGAGGAAUCAUCUGAUAAAUCCCAUGCUGGUACUUCAGAUAUUCAUCUACGAUCUCACAGUAAAGAGACCUCAACAGAUCCAUCUAAUCCCCAUGAAUCGCCUUUAAUCCACGAAGAUGUUUACACAGAAGUCAGUUCAUUAUCAUGUACAGUGUGUGGGAAAUCUUUCACAGAAAACAGAGCACUUAUUUGGCACAUAAAAAGUCACAAAACUGAACACCCCUUCUCAUGUUCGGAGUGCGAAAAGUGUUUCGCCAAUAAAGGAGGUCUUGUUAGACACCAAAGAAUUCAUACAGGCAAACAUCUCUAUUCAUGUUUAAAAUGCGGGAAAUGUUUUAUUCAGAAGGAAAAACUUCACAUACAUGAGAGAAGUCACACAGGUGAACGUCCGUAUCCAUGUUCAGAGUGCGGGAAAUGUUUCAGUACAAAAGGAGACCUUAUAAUACACCAGAGGAUUCACACAGGCGAGCGUCCUUAUUCAUGUUCAGAGUGUGGGAAGUGUUUUACUGAGAAAGGAAAACUACAUAUACACCAAAGAAGUCAUACAGGUGAACGUCCGUAUUCAUGUUCAGAGUGCGGGAAACGCUUCACUCAGAAAGGAAACCUUCUAACACACCAGAAAAUUCACACGGGUGAGCGUCCUUAUGAAUGCUCAGUGUGUGGGAAAUGCUUUAUUGAGAAAAGAACACUUUUUAUACACCAAAGAAGUCACACGGGUGAGCGUCCCUAUUCAUGUUCGGAGUGCGGGAAAUGUUUUAAUCAGAAAGGAAACCUUCUUAAACACCUGAAAAAUCACACAGAAGAGCGUCCCUUUUCAUGUUCGGAGUGCGGCAAGUGUUUUAUUCAGAAAAAACGACUUCUUAAACAUCAGAUGAUUCACACGGGUGAGCGUCCCUAUUCUUGUUUAGAGUGUGGGAAAUGUUUUAUUGAGAAAGGAGGGCUUGAUAAACACCAGCAAAGUCACACGGGGGAGUCUCCUUAUUCAUGUGCAGUUUGUGGGAAAUGUUUUACUAGGAAUCAAGAACUUCUUAGACAUGAAAGAAUUCACACAGGUGAGCGUCCCUAUUCAUGUACAGAGUGUGGGAAAUGUUUCAUUCAGAAAACAGACCUACGUAAGCACCAGAGAAGUCACACAGGUGAGCGCCCUUACUCGUGCUCAGAGUGUGGGAAAUGUUUCAUUCAGAAAGGAGACCUUCUUAUACAUCAUAGAAUUCACACAGGUGAGCGUCCCUAUUCAUGUUCCGAGUGCGGGAAAAGCUUCACUCAGAAGCAUGCACUUAAAGCACACCAGAGCAUUCACACGGGUGAGCGUCCUUAUUCGUGCUCAGUGUGCGGGAAAUGUUUCAGUUGGAAAAGUGCACUUGCUAUUCACCAGAAGAUUCACAAGAGUGAGCGUCCUUUUCCAUGUUCGGAGUGCGGGAAAAGUUUCAUUCAGAAAGGAGAACUUGUUUCACACCAGAGAAUUCACACGGGCGAGCGUCCUUAUUCGUGUUCAGGGUGCGGGAAAGGUUUCACUCGGAAAAAUGCACUUGUUACACAUCAGAGAAUUCACAUGGAUGAGCGUGCGUAUUCGUGUUCAGAGUGCGGAAAGUUUUUCAGUUACAGAAAAGCAUUUAUUGCUCACCAGAAAAUGCACAUGGUCCUUCCUUCUCCUUCCUCUCUAUUCCCAAUUCUUUCUUUAUGCUGGUGUAUUAAGCAGGAAGGUCACACCAUCCCUCACCAUCAUCAGAAAGAAGAAAUGAAAGACACCAAAGAGGAACAAGAAGAGACGUUGGUGGGUAGAGCUCAGCAGUCUAUGCAGGAAGAUCACACCAUCCCUCACCAUGACCAGGUUGAAGAACUGAAAGAGCUCAAGGUUGAAAUGAAAGAGGAAGAACGGAUGUUUAUUCUAUCCAUUGACGGAAACCCACCAGAGAGAUGUCCCCGUCCUCUGUAUUCUCGGGAUUCCGCACAGGAAGGUCACACCAUCCCUCACCAUCAUCAGGAUGAAGAACCAAAAGACAUAAACGUUGAAGUUAAAACAGAAGAAGAAGAGAGGUUGGUGAGUGGAGAUCAGCAGUCUAUGGAGGAGGGGAAGAUGAUUAUGGAAAGUAAACAGGAGGGAUCCUCCCUAUAUAUUAACACAAGAGGACACUAUGUCCUGAAUAACGUAUCUUCAGAAUGUAAAGCAGAAGAAAAUCCCACCACACAACGUUCUCCAGGAGAAAAUCCCACCACACAACGUUCUCCAGGAGGAAAUCCCACCACACAACGUUCUCCAGGAGAAAAUCCCACCACACAACGUUCUCCAGGAGGAAAUCCCACCACACAACGUUCUCCAGGAGGAAAUCCCACCACACAACGUUCUCCAGGAGAAAAUCCCACCACACAACGUUCUCCAGGAGAAAAUCCCACCACACAACGUUCUCCAGGAGAAAAUCCCACCACACAACGUUCUCCAGGAGAAAAUCCCACCACACAACGUUCUCCAGGAGAAAAUCCCACCACACAACGUUCUCCAGGAGAAAAUCCCACCACACAACGUUCUCCAGGAGUGAAUCCCAAUGCACAAAUGCACCAUAGACCUCCUCAAUUGGGAAGACCAAUGGAUCCCUCUAAUCCUGAGGAAUCUUCUGAUGAUCCACAUACUAUUACUGCUGAAACCAAUCUGGGAUCUCACAGUACAGAUCCAUCAACAGAUCCAUCUAAUCUCAAAGGAUCUUCUUUAAACCAUGAAGGAUCUCAUACAGGAGAGAGCUCAUUGUCAUCUACAGUGUCUGGGAAUUCUUUUAAAGAAACAAAAGAGCUGCUUAUACACCAUAAAAAUCACAAGAAUGCACGUCUUUUCUCAUGUGUAGAGUGCGGAAAAUGUUUUAAUCAGAAAGGAAACUUUCUUAAUCACCAGAAAAUUCACACAGGCGAGCGUCCUUUCUCAUGUUCAGAGUGCGGGAAAUCUUUCAUUCAGAAAGGAAGCCUUCUUAUACACCAGAGAAUUCACACGGGUGAACGUCCUUUCUCGUGUCCAGAGUGCGACAAAUGUUUCAGUUUGAAGGCACAACUUGUUUUACACCUGAAAUUUCAUGGGGACGAGCGUCCUUUCUCCUGUGAAGAGUGCGGGAAAUGUUUCAAAGAAAAAGGAGGCCUUCGUAAACACCAGAAAACUCACACGGGUAACCGCCCGUUUACGUGUUCAGACUGUGGGAAAUGUUUCCUUCAGAAAGCAAGCCUAGUUUUACAUCAGAAAACUCACACCGGUGAGCGUCCGCAUUCAUGCUCAGAGUGUGGGAAAAGUUACAUUCGGAAAGAAGGACUUAUUAUUCAUCAGAGAAUUCACACAGGUGAGCGUCCUUUUUCCUGUUCAGAUUGUGGGAAAUGCUUCAAGGAGAAAGGAUGCCUUGUUCAACACCAGCGAAGUCACACAGGCGAGCGCCCUUUUUCGUGUUCAGAGUGCGAGAAAUCUUUCUCCCUUCAGAAAAGCCUUAUUAUUCACCAGAGGGUUCACACUGGGGAGCGUCCUUUUUCAUGUACAGAGUGCGGGAAAUGUUUCUCUCAGAAACAUAUACUUGUGGAACACCAGAGACUUCACACGGGCGAGCGUCCUUAUUCGUGUUUGGAGUGCGGGAAAGGUUUCACUCAUAAAAGUGCACUUUCUGCACACCAGAAAAUUCACACGGGAGAGCGUCCUUUUUCAUGUUCGGGGUGCGGGAAAUCUUUCUCUCAGAAACAUAUACUUGCUGAACACUUGAGAGUUAACACAGGGGAGAGUCCUUUUUUAUGUUCGGUGUGUGAGAAAGCUUUCACUCAAAAAUGUGCACUUGCUGACCACUGGAGAGUUCACCAGGACGGCGAAGAACUGAAAUACCUCAAAGCUGAAAUUAAAGUGGAAGAUCAGAUGUUUGCUAGUGGAGAUCAGCAGUCUAUGGAGGGCAGUUCUUUGUAUUGCAGGGAUUCAACACAGGAUGGGCAAAGCAUCCCUCACCAUGUUAAGGAUGAAGAACUGAAAGUCAUCAAAGUUGAGGAUAAGGAGGAAGAGGAAGAGAGUUCACAUUUUAUUUCUAAAAGUGGACAUUGUGUCUCGAAAAACAUAUCUUCAGAAUAUAAGGAAGAAGAAAAUCCCACCACACAACGUUCUCCAGGAGAAAAUCCCACCACACAACGUUCUCCAGGAGAAAAUCCCACCACACAACGUUCUCCAGGAGAAAAUCCCAAUACACAAAUAUUUCAUAGACAUUAUUUUUCAGAAAGACCAAUGGAUCCCUCUAAUCCUGAGGAAUCUUCUGGUGAUCCACAUACUAUUAUUACUGAAACAAAUCUGAGAUCUCACAGAACAGAUCCAUCUAAUCCUGAGGGAUCUUCUUUAAGCCAUAAAGGAUUUCAUACAGGAGAACGUUCCUUGUCAUCUACAGCGUCUGGGAAUUCUUUCGAAGAAACAAGAAAGCCUUCUACACACCAGAGAAGUGAGCGUCCUUUCUCAUGUUCAGAGUGCGGGAAAUGUUUUGUUCGUAAAGAUAACUUUCUUAAUCACCAGAGAAUUCACAAAGGUGACCGCCCGUAUUCGUGUUCAGACUGCGGGAAAAGUUUCAUUCAAAAAAGCAACCUUCUUAACCACCUGAGACUUCACACAGGCGAGCGUCCCUAUUCAUGUUCGAAGUGCGGGAAAUGUUUUAAUCAGAAAGUAGACCUGGCCACCCACCAGAGGUUUCACACGGGUGAACGUCCUUUCUCAUGUUCGGAGUGCGGGAAAAGUUUCCAGUGCGGGAAAUCUUUCACUCAAAAAAGACACCUCGUGAUCCACCAGAGGAUUCACAAGAGCGAGCGUCCUUUCUCAUGUUCGGAGUGCGGGAAAUGUUUCAGCCAGAAAGGAAGCUUUCUUAAUCACCAGAGACUUCACACCGGUAACCUUCCUUUUUCGUGUUCAGAGUGCGGGAAAUGUUUUAGUCAGAAGGGAAACUUUCUUAGUCACCAGAGAUGUCACACAGGCGAGCGUCCUUUCUCAUGUCCUGAGUGCGGGAAAUGCUUUCGUCAUAAAGGAAACUUUUUCAGUCACCAGAGAUGUCACACAGAGUGCGGGAAAUCCUUCACUAAGAAAGCAGAACUGAUUAUUCAUCAGCGAAUUCACACCGGCGAGCGUCCUUAUUCAUGUGCAGAGUGCGGGAAAUGUUUUAUUCGGAAAGGAAGGCUUCUUCUACACCAGAGAAUUCACACGGCAUAUAGUGAGCUCCUCUUCGUAAAAAAUGGCUUCAGCUUGGUCUCCAACCCAUGGGAGAAGCAGGAAGAUUACACCAUCCCUCACCAUCAUCAGGAUGAGGAACUGAAAGACAUCAAAGCCGAGACUAAAGAAGAAGAAAAAGAGAUGUUGAUGAGCGGAGAUCAGCAGUAUAUGGGAGAGGGAGGUCCUCUGUAUUCCCAGAAUUCCACACAGGAAGAUCACACCAUCUCACAAAGAGGUGUAAACCAGAACGAUUGUAAUAAUGCUGUUAAAGAAGAGAUAAAGGAGGAGGAUGAGGAGGUGAAUGUUAUGGGGGAGUUUUCACAAGGACACAAGGAUCUUUUCAAGGCCGUUGUGAUGGAGCCAUUCAGUGACACAAACCCACCAGAGAGAUGUCCCUGUCCUCUGUAUUCCCAGGAAGGUCACACCAUCCCCCACCAUCAUCAGGAUAAAUUAGGAAAAGACAUCAAACUUGAGGUUAAAGAGGAAGAAGAAGAGACGUUGGUGAGUGGAGAUCAGCAGUCUAUGGAGGAGAUGACCAUGAAAAGUGACCAGGAGGAAUCUUCUCUUUAUAUCAACAGAAGAGGACACUAUGUCCUGAAUAACGUAUCUUCAGAAUGUAAAGCAGAAGAAAAUCCCACCACACAACGUUCUCCAGGAGAAAAUCCCACCACACAACGUUCUCCAGGAGAAAAUCCCACCACACAACGUUCCCCAGGAGAAAAUCUCACCACACAACGUUCUCUAGGAGAAAAUCCCACCACACAACGUUCUCCAGGAGAAAAUCCCACCACACAACGUUCUCCAGGAGUGACUCGCAUUACACAAAUAAUACAUCAUAGAACUUAUCAUAUAGAGAGAUCCUGGGAUUUCUCUGAUCCUGAGGAUUCUUCUGAUGAUCCACAUACUAUUAUUUUUGAAUCUCACAGUACAGAUAAAUCAACAGAUCCAUCUAAUCCCGAGGAAUCUUCCUUGAACCAUGAAGGAUCUCACACAGGAGAACAUUCCUUGUCAUCUACAGUGUGUGGGAAUUCUUCCAAAGAAACCAGAGAGCCUCUUACACACCAGAAAAGUCAUAAGAGUGUGCAUACUUACUCAUGUCCAGAGUGCGGGAGAUGUUUUCAUUUCAAAAUGAACUUUCUCAAUCACCAAAGAAUUCACACUGGCGAGCGUCCAUUCUCGUGUUCGCACUGUGGUAAAGGCUUCAUUCAGAAAGCAAACCUUCUCACACACCAGAGAGUUCACACAGGCGAGCGUUCUUUCCCAUGUUCAGAGUGCGGCAAACGUUUUACUGACAAAGGAAACCUUCUUAAACACUACAGAGUUCACACGGGUGAGCGUCCCUUUUCAUGUUCAGAGUGCGGGAAAUGUUUUACUGACAAAGGAAACCUUCUUAGACACCACAGAAUUCACACGGGUGAGCGUCCCUUUUCGUGUUCAGAGUGCGGGAAAACUUUUGUUCACAAAGGCGAAUUUAAUAAUCACCAGAGAAUUCACAAUGGCGAGCGUCCCUUUUCAUGUUUAGAGUGCGGGAAAUGUUUUAUUCAGAAAAUAGAACUUGUUACUCACCAAAGAAUUCACACUGGCGAGCGUCCGUUCUCGUGUUCACACUGUGGUAAAGGUUUCACUCAGAAAGGAAACCUUCUUAAACACCAAAGAACUCACACAGGUGAGCGUCCUUUUUCAUGUUCAGAGUGCGGGAAAGGUUUCAUUCAGAAAUGCGACCUUGUUGUUCACCAGAGCAGUCACAUGGGGGAAUGUCCUUUUUCAUGUUCAGAGUGUGGGAAAUCUUUCACUCAGAAAAGACAACUUGUUAUCCACCAGAGAAGUCACAAGAGCGAGCGUCCUUAUUCUUGUUCAGAGUGUGGGAAAAGUUUCAUUCAGAAAGGAAACCUUCUCAUACACCAGAGAACUCACACGGGUGAACGUCCUUUUUCAUGUUCAGAGUGCGGGAAAUCUUUCACUCAGAAAAGACAACUUGUUAUCCACCAGAGAGGUCACACGGGCGAGCGUCCCUAUUCAUGUUUAGAGUGCGGGAAAUGUUUCCACGUAAAAGCAAAUCUUCUUACUCACCAGAGAAUUCACACAGGAAAACGUCCAUAUUCGUGUUCAGAGUGCCGGAAAACUUUUGUUCGGAAAGACGCACUAAAUAAUCACCAGAGAAUUCACACUGGCGAGCGUCCUUUUUCAUGUUCAGAAUGCGGGAAAUGUUUCCACGAAAAAGGAAGCCUUCUUAAACACCAGAGAAUUCACACGGGCAAACGUCCAUAUUUGUGUUUAGAGUGCGGGAAAACGUUUGUUCAGAAAGGCGUACUCAAUAAACACCAGAGAAUUCACACCGGCGAGCGUCCUUUUUCAUGUUCGAAUGUUUCGGAAAGAGCACCUUCUUAAACACCAAUGAAUUCAUACAGGCGAUUAUCCUCAUUCAUGUUCUGAGUGUGGGAAAUCUUUCAUUCAGAAAGAAGGACUUCUUUUACACCAGAGAGUUCACACGGAUGAAUGUCCCUAUCCAUGCUCAGAGUCCGGGAAAUGUUUCAAGGACAAAGGAAACCUUCUCCUACACUUGAAAAUUCACACGGGUGAGCGUCUUUAUUAUUGUGUAGAAUGCAGGAAAUCUUUCCCUCAGAGAGAGAAACUUCUUAGACACCAGAGAAGUCUCACGGGGGAACGUCCUUAUUCAUGUUCAGAGUGCGGGAAAUGCUUCAGUCAAAAAAGUGGUUUUGAUCGACACUAGGGAAUUCACAUGGAUCAACCACCUUUUUUAUGUUUAGACGGACCAAUGGGGAGUGUGAGAUCGUGUGUCCUUCCUUAUAGUCAGAAUGUAUAAAAUGUUUCUGUUAAAGAAAAUUACUUCUUGGACCCCAGAAUAUUCACAAAGACUAAUAACGUUUUUGUGUUCAUAUUGGCUUAUUUGGAGGCAUGGCCAAAGUACAAUGUACUAUGAUGUCAUAGUUAUAGAUCUGCAGGGAUUGAAUUAUAGUAAUACGAUCCUCCAAACAAUGCUGACUUGGUCCCGCACUCACACAGGCCCCACCAUAGAGUACGACAACCCAUGGACCAUACUUUUUAUUGGUUGCUAUUAGCCAAUAUACUGUACAUCUUUUUUUGCUUUACUGAAGGAACAAAGGGCCAGAUUCAC